AGUAAACCGGAUGUUGUUGUUUCGUAGCCCAGCUCCCUAAUGUCGAGGUUAUGACGGGUUUCGUUUGUUUUUCUGUCGUUCUAAACUGAUGAUGUUGUUUUCCGGAAGAGUUUAAGUCUGCCUCGUGUUUUAUUUAAUACGGAAAUAUUCCUCUCCGUUGUGUUGUUGGUGUGAAUUAGAAUGAAAAAUGAUUUCUCAGGUGUUUAUUUUGUCAUCAAAAGGCGACAAUCUGAUCUACAAAGACUUCCGCGGUGAGGUGGAAAAAGACUCCAUGAGCAGGUUUUAUGAGAUGGUGUCGUCUCUGAGCGGAGAUCAGCCUCCUGUAGUGAUGAGUCACAAAGGUGUGAACUUUAUUCACAUCCGGCACGCUGGACUUUACUGGGUCGUGUCCACCAAGACGAAUCCCUCUCCCUUCACCGUGGUCGAGUUUCUUAACAGGCUUGUCGCACUGGUUAAGGAUUACUGCGGCAGCGUGUGUGAGAAAACCGUCCGCAUGAACUUCGCUCUGAUCUACGAGCUGCUGGACGAGAUGGUGGAUUAUGGCUACAUCCAGACGACCUCCAUGGACAUCCUAAAGAAUUUUAUUCAGACGGAGCCGCUCGUCGCGAAACCCUUCAGUCUGUUUGACAUCAGCAACGUCGCUCUAUUUGGAGCAGAAACACAGCAGAGUAAAGUGGCUCCCAGCACCGCUGCUGCCCGACCCAUCAUGACAUCUCACAGUGGAGAGGGAGGUAAGAAUGAGAUCUUUGUGGACGUGGUGGAGAGACUCUCAGUGGUUAUUGGUGCUAAUGGGGUAGUGAUGAAAGCAGACGUGGAGGGAGAGAUCAGAGUCAAGUGCUACCUUCCCUCAUGUUCAGAGAUGAGGAUCGGCCUAAACGAGGAGCUCAGCAUCGGGAAGUCACAGCUCAGAGGUUACGGAGCGGCCGUGCGGGUGGACGAGUGCAGUUUUCAUCAGGCUGUGAAGCUCGAUGAAUUUGAUACGUAUAGAAUUUUAAAAAUUUUCCCCAGCCAAGGAGAGCAAACCCUGAUGCACUACCAGCUGAGUGAUGAGCUGCCCUGUCCCCCUCCGUUUCGUCUCUUCCCCACUGUAGAAAAGGAUUAUGGGAGCAGGUUGUUGAUUUUCCUCAAACUGCGCUGUGAUUUGCCGCCGAAAAGCGCUGCUAUAAAUGUCUCAGUGACGGUUCCUGUGCCAAAGGGUUCCCUGAGUCUCUCUCAGGAGCUGAGCAGUCCUGACCAGACGGCCGAGCUUCGGCCCAAACACAAAUCCCUGGUGUGGGAAAUCCCGCGGUUCCCCGGAGGAGCCCAGCUCUCAGCUCUCUUUAAGGUGGAGGUUCCUGGUCUUAGCUCCGCCUCUCUCCUGGAGGUCGGGCCUGUGAGCAUGAGCUUCGAGCUUCCCAAACACACAUGUACAGGCCUGCAGCUCCGAUUUGUGCGACUGUCUCCAAACCAUCAGGCUUCAUCACACCGCUGGGUCCGCUACGUCACACACUCCGAGUCUUACACCAUACGCAUCUGAUCAACACACACACACAUGCACCUUAUUGUGUUUUAAUUUAUACAUUUUAAUAUUCCACAACAUUUAUAUUUAUCAUGCUUCCUGUAAAUGCAUAUGUUUAUCAUCUUAAGUAUACUGUAUGUAUGUACAUAGCAUAUGCUUUUGAAAUUAAUAUUAUAGUUUUUUUUUUUUUUUUUUUUUACAAAUCAUCCUCAUUAAUGCUUUGUAAUGGUGCUAAUGAAUGAAUGAAUGAAUGAAUGAACGAAUGAGUACUUUGUAUGUUUUUGAAGGAUAAUAAUGAUGUUGCUCAUUCAGACCGAGAUCACAUUGCAGUUGACUUGCUGUAUAGACUGAUAUUGACAAGAGAAAAGGAAAAAAACAGUAUAUAGCAUAAAUAAAUAAAAAUAUUUUAAAUAUUUACUUUU